AUGACUGCUGGAACGCUGCAAAAGAACUAUUCAUUGCCUUAUACACCACAGUUUGCAAAAUGCAAAGAUCCCAGCACUGAAUUCUAUGAAGAAGAACUUAAUAAAUGUUGCAGCCAGUGCCCUCCAGGUCAGUAUAAGACAGCGAGCUGCAGUCACAGUGUGGACACGAAGUGCAGUCCCUGUAGCCUUAACACGUACACAGCAAUUUGGAAUCGGUCUCCCCAGUGCUUUGCCUGCUCACCACCCUGCAGGAAAGGAUUUGUGCAGAAUCAAACAUGCACUGCAUCACAGGACAGAAUCUGUAGCUGCCCACCCAAUAAAUACUGCAUUUCAAAAAUAUACGAGUACUGCCAAAUAUGCAAAGUGCAUAAAAAAUGUGGAAAAGGUUACCAAGUUUCCAGAAGAGGAACAGAUAGCACAGACACAGAAUGUAAACCUUGUCCUCCUGGCACUUUUUCACAUGAGGAAUCUUACGAUACCAGCUGUAUACCACAUACAGUUUGUAAAUCAGUGGCUGUUCCUGGGAACAGCAUGAAUGACACUGUUUGCAGUGACUCAGCAACAGCAGCUGCCACAGUUCUUGGUCCUACUGUUUUGAACCUGCUCCUGACCCACUCAGCUUCCAACAAACCUGAAAUAAUAACUCGACUCAUUUUAAACUCUGUAUCUGACAUGUCUCACAUCAUUGGAGCUGUAGUAGGACCAUUGUUAUUGGUCCUGAUAAUCACUAUUUUGGGGUAUUGCUUAGUCUCCAAAAAAAAAGCCCUUGUAUAUUCUCCAACGACUUCUGAAGCAGAUUUGCCUUUUUCCCCUACAGAAAAGCAGUGUGACAAGAAAGUAUAUAUAGUAUGUACAGGAUCGCAAAACUCCAGCAGUUCUGAACAGGAGGAACAGUAUCUCUUGGAAAUGUCUGGGUCCCACAGUAGCUCCCUGAAUAAUCCAACUGAGUCUGCGAGAAUCAGUGUGGUAAGUAACAAGAACAAUGAAAAGAAAGAAACAAAAGGAUUUCAGCAGCAACAUUCAGCUGCGGAAGGUUGUAACGUUCACACUGGAGACAGACACAAUGCUGCAAGUUCAGAACAUUCUGGUAACAGAGGAACGCAGGUGAAUGUGACUUGUAUUGUUAAAGUACGUAGUCGAUGCAGUUCCCAGUUCCCAGAACAGCCUAGGUCAACUAGUACGGACUAUGGAACCUCCCCAACAGGGGAAGAAAUUCCCCUUCUGAAAGAAGAAAACCCCUGGAAAAAAGAAACUGAAAUUCAGAUCUCAGUGGAAAAUGAGGACAAUUUACUUCAAGGCUUACUUCCGAAGAAGUUUCCUCUGAGUAUUCAAGAUGCAGGGAUGAAAACCAGUCAAAGGAAAUCACAGCUCGUAUACUGAUUGACUGAUAACAUUAAUCAAACAGCCCCUUAUCUUCUAAGAUAAACAUUACAUUAAAUGUACUGUUCCUACAGAGACUUGAAAUUUCAGCCGAAUAGACACUGAUGCUUCUGAGGUUUUUAAUCUUUUUGUCAGCUUCAUGAGUCGAAGGAUGAUGUUUGCAGUUUAAAAAAAUGGGAAUGUUUUUUCUUUUAAACUGAAUGGCCAACUCCUCCCUUUCGUCUGCGAUACCUUAGAGGAACCUUUACCAGAUUUGAAAAAGGAACAUUCUUCUAACUUUAUGCCAUUCAUUUUUUUGCUGAGACUUCUUGUGACGAUGAUUUGGGUUCAUGUACACCCAUGACAUGUACACUGUCAAGAACAUGGCUGUGACCAACACUUCUAAGAGACUGGAGUUAAAUUAUCACUCAUUCGAUGCUAAUGAAUUAUCCAUUUGAUUUUAAUUUUAAAACUAUUGCAUUCAAUUUCCCUUCCCAUAUCUUCAUGGACAUACUUUCUCUCAUCCUCCUGGAUAUUUCUUUUAUUCUUACAGUUUGCUUUCGCUCAUUAUUGGACUAAAUUUCUCAAAUCAACCUUAAGUAUAUCAAGGAGUGAAAUUUUUACAGGAGCUUUUUUCACUAGAUUACAACUAUUAUGUCUAAACAAUAGCAUUUCAUUAGCUGUACAUAGUUCACUUUACUUUAGAAAAGAAAAUCUAGAUUAACUAGUUGUUAUCUUGGAGUAGGAAGUAAGUUUCUUGUAGUGACAGCUCUGAAGUUUGUCAUCUUUGUGUCCUGGCUGAUUUAAUAUGGUUCCCUGAUUGAGUCUGACCUCAUUUCUGAGGUUAACCAUAAACCCAAAAUAUUUUUCCUUACAUUCCAGUCAAUAUUAAAGAUCCCUGUGAAUAUGUAUGUCAGAUAGCUCAUGCCCACUGACCUCGGGAGAAGGUCUCUCUCCCAAUGAUUGCAUCGCAUGAUCUGUAAAAAGUGGAAUUGACUCAAACCUCAGAACCAUAAAAUCGUGUUCUCCACUUCUUGCUUGACGCUGAAGAUCCAACCACCUCUUACAGAAAUUAGUAGAGGUUCUCCUUGAAUCAAGUAGGAGUCUUUUGGUUUUGGAAGUCGAUUUUUAGGAUCCCAUAAUUAUGUUUUACACAUGUGACUUAACCAGCAAUUGUGGCAUCUGUAUUCAACCAGAAUUUGCGGUGUGGUGUCUGAAUUACUCGCGAGUGAGAUCAUACAGUAGGCACAGCUUUUUUUCUUUUAUGCCAUAAAGACAUACUGUUGGACUAGAUGAUCAUUGUACUUCUCCAGCUGAACUAUUCUACCUCAAGUGAAACUAAAUGCAGUAGUUAUUUCUAAGGCCUUAGACUGAAAAAGGGUAUUUUGUGCACAAUAAAUGUAUUUUGUGCACAAUAGCAUUUAUGCUACAGCUGCAGAAGAGAUGCCGAUUUAAAAUACAAAUUCUAAACUUCCACAAAAGCUGUGGAGUUUGCUGACGUUAUUUCUGGAACUGAGAACUGCCAAACAGGUCUUUACCUCUACUAUGAAGAAAAACCUUUUACAACUGUGUGUUAAACUUGUACUUGAAAGUAAUUUUCAGAAAAGACUUUGGAAAUGGGCACAAUGAAACUAUUACAAAACUGAAGGAUUUAGGCAGGAAAAGAACCUAAUUUUAUACAGCGCUUUGACCCUCUUGCGCUGCACUAUUUUCAGGUUUUGUCCGUCAGCUCCCAGCAUUCGGAGCACAUUGAAGGAAGCAGUGGAAAUUUUUUGAAGUUUUUAAAACGUUAAGAAGGCGGAUCCUGUGAUGGCAGUUAAUUUACUGGGUUUUCA